CGCGCGCUCGUGUGUGUGAGUGCGCGUGCAGAAAGAGAGCGAGAGAGAGAGAGAAAGAAGGAGAGAAAAGGCUGAAAACUUCCAACUAAAGUUUGUCGGAAGUGAAUGUUUGGGAAAAAUAAAAAAAACGCCAAUAUGGGGACUUGAUGCAUUGGCGCUUCGGUCUCUGUGUGAUUGUGUUUGGGGGCCCCGAGCAGUGAUUCUCACCCUGCGCUUAAUCCACAGCCCAAAUCUGCCGUCCGGGACCAGCACUCGGAUCACACACCGCGUUUGGAGAAAUAUGUGAUUUUUUUGCACGCUCGGUUGAAUGAGCGACUGCAUCGGGAGACGCGCGUCAUUCCCGAUCCCAGGCGGAGGAUGGAGAGGAACUACCCGAGCUCCAGCUUCACUGAGCCGGGCAGCGCGGCGGCUCAGACCGCGGGCUGGGCCUACAAACCCAGUUCAAGUUAUGGUUCCACACAGUUGGACUCUGAGCUGGUCCAGCGGCAGAGCUUUGCCUCUAGUCACCAGUCUACGUUUACCACCACGCACCACCCCACAGGAGUGUUCGACUCAAAUCAGCACAGCACAGCCAGCAGCAACACUACUGAAUCAUCGAUUAUGAACUUCCUCUCUGCUAUUGAAUCUCGUAGCCUUCAGGCUGGACCUGCUGGCUCUACUCUUCUCCCAUCAUUUCGAAGCCCCUCCUGGCAAACUGGUGCAAACUCCUCAACAGAGCUUUUUCUUACUGGAGCCCUGCACCCAUCAGGAACGUUUCCGACACCAUCUGCGCUUUCAUCCUACCAGCAUCCCAGUGCCUUUCCUACCAGAAGUUUCACCACUGCAUCAGCACUUGGUGUUCAGGACAGCACUUUCAGCUCUUCAAAUGGUCUGCUAUCCUCUAAUGACUCUCUGCUUCAGCUCAAGUCUUCUCAGAACACAGUGCAAACUGCACUUGCCUUUAGUGGUACAUCUCUUGGGGUUGGCUUGCCACCCCAGUCCUCCACAUAUCGCUCAGCACAAGAAUCAGCCCCACAUCUGCUUCAACCCCAGUUCAGUUUGCUGUCUGCAUCCUUGGGCAGUUCCCAGCAAGCCCCUCAGCCUUACAGUGGCCCGGCUUUCUCAGGCUCCAUUGAACGAGCACUUCAGCGUGAAUGUAGUGUGAUCAAGCACCACCAGCGGCCUUCUAGCACCCAGCCAGUACAGGAGCAGCUGGCCAACAGUGCUCAGCACUCUCUACAGGGUUAUCUGCAUGAUGAGAGUGACGUUUCAUAUCAACAGGACCUGUCCCCGCACACACCCGUACCCUGCAGUCCGGUGGGUGACCCUUCACCCCUAAAUGGCACUACACAACAGAAGACAGCUUCUCAAACUCAGGCCUAUGCUUCUUCUGUCCCCUCCCCUGGGUUUUCCAGCUCAACUGGAGUAAAGGUUAAAGAUGGUUCUUCCAGUAUAGCACAACAUCCCAGUGAGGACACAGACUCUCAAGUCCAGACAAGCUCUCCAGGCCUGCAGCCGCAGAGCUACUCCUCUCCAACACAGAAACAAAGCUCAGUAAUCGCUAGCCAGUUGCAACCAUACACAUCAACGCAACUUACAGGCCUGGUUUCCGUUAGUGCCUCGCAUACUUAUAUCACAUCUCAAAGCCUGUCAAAUAGCCUCAGCCAAACACAAGCCUUUACUUCUAGUUUGCCUGAAAAACUUCCUUCCAUUUACAAAACUCUCUCAUCGUUCGCUAGUCAGUCUGAAGCUGAGACAUCUGUAAGCCAGUCUCAUAUUUAUUCCUCCAGUCAGCAGCAGGAUUUGCACCCUUCGGGAAACAGGGAAGGGUAUGAGACACAUGUGCAAACUCAUUGCAUGGGAAGUCCUUCUCAAAGCUAUUCUUCCAGCCACUCUCAGGGCCUGCCAACCAUUAGUUUCUAUACCCAGGGGCCGGCAUCUGUUAGCAUACCUUCACAAAACUAUGUGUCAAGUCAGUCUUUAACAUCUGUCCCUUCCUUCUCAUCAAAUUAUUCCCGAAGUUUAUCAUCCUCUAACCCAGGACAGGACUACGUCUUAAUGCAGUCCUCUCCUGGUAGUAAGACAGACAAUGCUCUGUUACAGCAGAAGUACUUGUUAUCUGUCCAGUCGUCAACCUCUUCUGCUGCCACUUACACCAAGGUCUUACCAAAGGAUCAGUCCUCAGUUGAGAUUAAACCACGCCAAGAAGAUGAGCAAAUGUUUCUUCCCUCAAAAGCAAGCUCUGGAGAGCUUCCUCUUGAGGAUGUGCAGGCAUUGCAAAAAGGCUCUUUGGUAACCUCCCCUCAAAACAUUUCAACCAGUGAAAUUGGAGAACAAAAUAGUGCAAAAAAUGAUAUUUAUGUAGUUUCGAAGAUGGAAGACAGGCACAACACCCCAAGUGUUAUUCGUAGUAACUCUCGAACAGAGGAGCAGACCCUUUCACAGAUGGAAAACACUAAAGAACUCACUACCAAUGCCAAUGCUAAGAGUAUUCCUUUGUUAAUGCACUCCUCCACCCUUGCACCCUUGAGUGCUGAUCAGCUGAAACAGCAUACUUUACUUCUGAAAGGGUCCAGUUCUCAGCAGCAGAACCAUCACGAACAGAUAAUACAAGUUCAAACGACAGAUCCCAGACAGCUGUCUGAGGGGCAAGCACAGUUCAUCCGGGUUCCCAGCACUACCCAAGUUCUUCUCGAUCCCUCCCACAUGAUCGUUCUGCAACAGCCUGUGCUCACCACAGCACAGAAUCAGCCCAAGCAGACUAUGUACAUGCAGUCUGUACCAGUCCAGUAUGUCCAUAUGAACAGCGACACUGUUAAUUUGACAAUUAAUGGGCGUCACAACCAGCAAUUUGUCUCUCACCAAGUGCCCAACUCAACAGGGUCCACUAAAGAAGACCCAACACUAAAGGACCAGUCAAGUCCUCAUGACAUAAAGCAAAACUUUUCCCUCAAUUCUGUAUGCUUUUCAGACUCCAUGCUUUUGGCAGAUGAGAGAAACAUACUCUCAAAUGUUGAUGACAUCCUUGCUGCUACUGCAGCUGCCUGUGGCGUCACACCACAGGACUUUGUCAAAUCCACAUCAUCUGAUGGUGACAUGUCAUCAGUAGCCAACCCUGUAGACUCCAAGUGCAAUUUUCAGUCACCUGAAAACCGACACAAUAGUUUCCCAUCUCAGCAUAUGAUAAUUAACCCACAAGCCAUGACUGUAAUUGGUGCUCAAACAACAUACUCCAAAGAAGAAACUGAGGGACAUCAAGUGUUUACACUUUCACACUCUAACAACCAACCUGAAGAAAGAUGCAAAUCUGCACAAGAUAUAUCUGAUAAGGUUGCAAAUGCCCAUGAGAAAAGUGAUGUGUUAUCCAAAGGACGUUUUGUAAACUCUAGCAAUGGCUCUUUGAAUACUAAUGGACUUGCUAUAAGUAAUACAACCUCAAAUGAUUUUAAUUUGGCUAAUCAGCAGCAAAGCCAGUCACCACAUCAUAUUACUGAAAAUGUUUCAAGUAAUCUAAGCCAACAAAAAGAAUUGAAAGGUUUUAAAACCAAUGAUAGUAUCAUUGAAAAUUCAACUGAUGGCCUUGCAAAAAAACGAUCCAGAUCAAAGGGUUCAUCCAAGCAGACUGCUGAAGAUGAAAAUGGUCAGCCUAAAUUUCAGAAGAAAAGCAUACAAGUUAAGCGACAAAAUUCCCGUGCCAAUGAGACUAGUACAACCUCCGCCUCAGAGGUUUCCCAUGAUAACUUUCAGCAGCAGGAGAAGAUGCGUCAGAAGUUAAAAGAGGUUGAGGAAAAACAGCCAGAGGUUAAAACUGGAUUCCUGGGCUCCUUUCUGGACUUUCUGAAAUCUGGAUCCAGACAAAACUUAUCAUCUCCACCAAUACGGUCACCCAAUCGCACAAGGAAGUCUUCAGCCUCCAAGAGGCCUCCUAAUCCAUUACUUAUUCCCUUUAAACCUCCACCUCCUGUAACCCCAUUGAUAUCCCCGGAACCUCAAAGUGUCAUUUCUACAAAGCGACUUGAUGAAGAGCUCCAGAGGAAUCUGGAAACCCUACCAUCAUUUUCCUCUGAUGAAGAAGAUUCGGUGGGGAAAAACCAGGAUCUUCAAAAGAGCAUCACUUCUGCACUUUCAUCUUUAGACGAGCCCUCAGACAAAAAACAGAAGUUGGGUGACAAUGUGAAGCAGCUUCAGACCUCCAGCACACAGCCUGUAGUUGUGGACCAACAGAAGUCUGUAGAGAAGAUUUCUGCUGAGGAUUUACUGAAGGAUGUGCCUACAGACAAGCUGGCGGUUCAGCUGAAUGCAGUUGCUAUCGAAGGCCUGAUUGAUGAGGAGCUGUCAGAUAGUGGAGGGGAGGGCAUGUACCGAGAACGUGAUGAGUUUGUGGUUAAGAACGAGGACAUUGAAAGGCUAACGGUCACAUUGAAGGCAGGCGUCGAACCACCAGCCAUCUGGAAGGUUCAAAAAGCCCUGUUGCAGAAGUUCGUACCAGAGCUCAGGGAUGGAAAACGAGUGUUUUUUGCCACCAACAGUUAUCUGGGGUACUUCGGUGAUGCUAAGCUCAUGUACAGGAGAGUACAUGUCAAGUUUCUUGACACGGUCAAUAAACGCGAGUAUGUUCGGGUUUGCAGCAGAAAACCACAAUGUAAGCCCAUGCAUUCAAUGAGAAGCUCUCAGGCUAAAGCUCUUCUGGCCCAGCGAUUCGCAGCGGCGACCGCAUCAGACUGUGCUACGCAGAAAACAGCACAACAGAAAGCUCUAUCGAAACCCAAACCCAAGCAGCCCAAAGCCAAGGCUGAACCGCCUCCUAAAAAGAGAAAGAAAUGGAAAGAGGAGUUCACGUCGUCUCCUUCUGACUCCUCGCCGGAGGCUGUGAGUGAGGAUGAUGAGUUUACACCACCGGUUCCUUUCGCCUCUCGCUUUCUGAACACCAGAACGAUGAAGGAGACUUUUAAGAGCUUCGUAGAGUUGCUGGUCAGCGUAGCUCUGGACGCAGACGUCUUGAACGCACUCGAGCGAGAGAACGAUGAGCUGCUGCUGCCACACAUGAAGAGGGUGGAUGGAAUGAUCACAGACAACAGGCGGAGGCUCCUGCCAAAACUACGCAUGGGUCAGAUCUUCAAAAACGCAUUAGACUGUUUUCCUGAGCUGUCUGUGGUCACCGAGCUGAAGACAGACUGUGAGACUCCUGUUUUUAAAGUCCGGUUAAGUGGAAGAGCUUAUAACAAGAAAACUAUGAAGCCCUCAAAAUCCCCCAGCAAACUUCCCCUGGAAUACACAGUGGAUCAGCAGAAAACAAAGUGGUUCUCUCUGUAUCACUCUCUACAACACUAUAAGUACCACACAUACCUGAUGUGUGUGGAGGAGAUUGAGCUGUUGAAGUCGCGGGGGAGAGACCUGGGGCAGGAGGAGACGGUGCAGACCUGCAUGGGCAACAGAUCGUGGGUCGAGGGCCUGUUCGAUCGCUUCGGGGAGCUUCUGACACAGGUGCAGCAGGCCUGCCUUUAAACAGAAGCCAAGAUCAUGCUGAUCAUAUGAAAAUAAGCAUUCAUAAAUCUGAUGAACCUGCAUUACUGAGGACAGACGUCAGUAUGAAGAGACUGUGAGGGUUUUAACAAAAGAAAAUUAAUAGACCAAACGGCUGCCUUUUCUGACAUCCACAGAGACGAUGGUUUUACACGACAACCUGUUUUGGUUGAACUAGCUGUAGUUGAGUAUUCAAUGUCCGUGUCCUUUUUUUAUCAGUAAGGGCCAGAACUGAUGAUCUGUUAUGAAAUGCAGCGUGUCUUGCUGAGAACCUAAUAUCAGUCUGUAAUUAUGGUUUGGGUGAGUAUAGAAACACAAUUAUACAUAGAUAUAUAUGUAAAACAUCCAUUUUUUAAAACCGAAUGCCAAAUUUAUAUAUGACACUGUACAUUUUUGUAUAGAGAGCUUGUUCGUCAUUCUCAUGGCGUGAUAUAGAACACUUACCCAACGUGCUUUUUAAACUCUGUCUGUUGUAACGGAGUUGGUGCAAUUCUAAAACUGCUUUCGUGAGAUUUCAUUGUAAUAAAAAAAAGCAUUUACUUAAAACUAUUUUCCUCGAGGUAAAAUCUCUUUAUACUUGUCUUCUCUUUCUUCUUCAGAACAUUUAUUUUAUCUCACAGAUAGAUGUAUUUUUCACUGAAGGAAAUAUUGUGGUCAUUUGUCGUACGUUUGUAGACGGCCUAUCCGUUUAUGUCAUAUGCACAUUGUAUACAACAUAUAGAAAUUACUUUUACUUGGUGAUUCUGCAAAUUUGCCGACGUUUUUAAGCGAAUUACUGUGCCGACAGCAUUGGAUUAGUUUUUUGCUUUUUCAAGUGUAGCCGUGUUACACACUACAAUGUUUUUUGCUGACAUGUGCAAAUAAAUUUCCUACCAAAUGAG